AGAGAUGAUACUCUGUAGAAUGCAAUGCUAGCAUCAGACGACGAUAUACAUAGAGUAAACAAUAAAUAACGUGGCGUUGCCUCCGAUGUUUACAAAAUUCUGUGUAGCGCUUUUGCCGGCAAUAAGUUAGUGGUUUUGUGGAGAAGAGUGAGAUAAAUCGUAUCGGCGAGUUUGCUCAUGUAUUCAAUUUGGAAAUCGCAUCGAUCAUAAAAUUUUAGAGUGAUGACGAAUGCAAUUUAUACGUGGCAGUCUGUAUAAAAAUAGCAUCGGUUGAAGCCAAUGGUGGCAAAACUCUUUUAACGUUUUUGUCGAUCGACGACAACGAAACUUGCCGAAAGAUCCGGACAAAAGGUAUCGUGCGUUAUACAUGCGGCGGCAUGGAGAUAGUUCAUCGGGUUGUCGUGUGGAGCUCUGUCGUCGUGCUGAUCCGGUGCGGGCUCAACACGCCGGAGGAAUUGCGGGUUGGGAGGAAAGCCAUCGAGAGCUGGCGCUCCACGAAGAAAGACGCCGCUUGGCCUGGCGACAGACUGUUUGGUGGAUUCGCGCCUCACAUCGGCACCUACCCCUUUACCGUCUUCAUCAUAGGGAUGGAGCCUGGCAGGACCUGGGAAUGCUCGGGCAGUGUAUUGGCGCCGCAGUGGAUCCUAAGCGCGGCACACUGCAUGGGCAUGACCGAAUAUUGGUAUGGUGUUAUUUUCGGCGGCGACAUAGACUUUUCAACCGACAGAGUCUUCACAAAGUACAACAUCCAGAUCCGACUUCUCCAAGAAGCCUAUCAGUACGUUGUGAACGACACCUACACUAAUGACAUCGUGUUGUUUAAACCUUUCAGAGGUUUCACCUUAGAAAGGGGAUUCGUCGAAACCAUUCCUUUGACGGAUGAGAGAACGUACCCAUCGAACUGGAAGAAAACCUGCACAAUAGUGGGAUUUGGUUUGCGUGGCAGGAACCUGCGUCCACCAGUAGGCAUCCAGAGGGCAGCCAGCUUCCUGAUGGAGCCCGGCUGGAAGUGUGGCGUCCCCGGCAUCAGGGAUAAUGGCCUCUGCACGUACGACGUGAAGACUAAGUCCGCCUGUACUGGCGACUCCGGUGGGCCGAUCUUCUGCGAAGGACAGUUCAUCCAGUUCGGACUCAUCGUGGGCGCCCUCUACGAGAACUGCACGCACUGGUUCUGCGGCGCGCCAGUUGUAUGGAACAUUCACAUGUUCGUCGGCUUCUACCGCGACUGGAUCGACUACACGAUGCACAGGUACUCCGAGCCUCGGUCGGCCUGCCACCGGCGACGAGCCGGCCCGCUGGCAACCCUGCUGGCCGGCUCCCUGCUGGCGCAGCUCAGCCCUCCAAUAAACACUCAUACGCCUCUCUGA